AUGUUGGUGUACUUCUGGGGAUUCCUGUACAGCAACUACCUUCGGUUUUGGCUGAAGUGGAUCUUGAGGCUGCUGACUCGGAAAUGCGAGCUCCAGCGUGUCUUUGACGGCUCGAAGGCAGGCGCGCAGCGGACGCUGAGCAUAGAACAUUCACUGGAAUCAUCAAAGAAUAAGGUUUUAAGAAAUGCUGUACAUGUUGAGGAAGCUGAAAUGGAGAAUUGUAUCAGAGAUGUAAUGAAAGAAAAGAAAAUUGAACAGGAGGAUACAGGGUUUAAGACAAAUCUGCAUAUAUCCUUACUGCAGAUAUCAGGUUAUAAAAAACUUUAUUUGAAUGUGGAAAAUCUGAGGAAGGUCCCGUAUGAUUCGGAUAACGAAGAACAUGAGGAACAGUUAAUUGAGCUUUGGAAUUUGCUGAUGCCGCAUGAGAACCUGAAGGCCAGAAUCACCAAGCAGUGGUGUGACAUUGGCUUCCAAGGUGAUGAUCCCAAAACAGACUUCAGAGGAAUGGGCCUCCUGGGGUUAGUGAAUCUGGUGUAUUUUAGUAAGCAUUACACCGACGAAGCUCGUCAGAUUCUUUCUCAUUCAAAUCACCCAAAGCUGGGAUAUUCUUAUGCAAUAGUUGGAAUCAAUCUGACAGAAAUGGCAUACAGCUUACUUAAGAAUGGUGCUUUGAAGUCUCAUCUGUACAACGUGGUCUCUGGAUUGCCGCAGAUGGAGCACUUCCAUCAGUUUUACUGUUAUCUGGUUUAUGAGUUUGACAAGUUCUGGUUCGAAGAAGAACCAGAAAGCAUUAUGCACUUCAACCAGUACAGAGAGAAAUUCCAUGAAAAAAUUAAGGGACUUCUACUGGAUUGUGAUGUGGUACUAACAUUACAAAAUACAAAGAAACCUUAACUCCUCUGCAGUCUAUGAGGUUCUGCAUCAAAAAUGGAAUUAUGCAUUUGGAUGGGAGUUUUGCAUGUUUCACCAAAAACUGUUUUAACAAUAGAACUUUUUUAUUUUACAUUUAAAAAAAAAAAAAAAAUCAAAAUUCAGUUAAGAAAGCUUGGACAAUCAACCUCUGUUUACAGGUCUUUGUAUGCUAUAUGCUAUUCUCCAAAGAACA